AUCUAGUACGAUUCUAUGAUUCAUGAUAUUCAAUUUCUGAAAUUGAAGCCUCUUAGCAUUCUGAGAUUGCUUAAGAAAAUUGCAGUUUGAGUGGCUGCUGUAAACGAGAAUCCCUCAAAGAAGCAGGACAAGAUGUCGCACAAUGAUUUUGAUCGAGUAGCAGCGCACCUGUCUCCAUUCAUGUAUGCUAAUAUCAUUAUAUAGUGGAUGUUUUCUGAAUUGAAGCGUUAACAAAAUAGGUGCCAGAAAACUAUUCGGAGGUUACCGAAUAACACCAAGAUACUGCAAACCAUCCAGGAAAGCCGCAGAACCAUUGGGAGGUCCAUCAGUAUGUAUGUUCAACCAUGAAUGCACGAGUAGGAGAGGCCAAGUUGUGGGAGCCUGUAUGGAUGGAUUCCUUUUUGGAGCAUGCUGUGAACUACCGAAAGAUAUAUCAGUUGGAGAAUUCAUUGAUGAAGAUAUAGUAUCCGUAGGAGUAAUAGAUAAUGACAUAUUGAAUAAUCGACCGACAAUCAGACCUCAAACUACUCCAAUUGACAUUACAUCUCUGGGGGUAUCUCAAAUAACUAAUAGCUUACUGAAUCCCGAAAUACUACCUACUGCCGAAGACAACGAAGUCAUUCAAGUCAGUAAUGAUCAGUAUUUCACCACUACCGGCGUCACUCAUCCAGAAACACCAGACACCAUUAUUUUGAACCAACAUGAUAAUGACAUCGAUCCAGGUUAUUUCCAUCCAACUAGUCGUCCGAACAUAAAUGACAAAACUACCAUGAGAACAGAACAACCCAACUUGCCGAUACUAGGUAUCUCAAUAUCGAAUGCUCCUAUAGAGUACACAACGACCAGUUUUAGUUUACCUAUGUUCAGACCUAAACCAUCAAGCACUGGCAAUGACAAUUAUGUAAGGGUGCCAACGGUAACGCACGAACCCACAAAACCUAAUAAGAACCCAGACUUCAACUCAAUCGUGAACAUUAUGCAUUUAUUGAAUAGUACAUCUGUAUACGGCUCAUCAACGAUGAGGCCAGCUGAGAUAACCAAACCGCCUUCCACUUCAUAUGUUUUCAGCACUACAUUACCACCUCGUAGAACUCAAUCAACGACAAGAAAAAAAACUACAAAAAAACCUAAACCGACAAACAGGCCUACUUCUACCCAUCGCUACCCAUCUCCGACAAAGUCGACAAUGGCUAAUUCACCAACAGCUUUUAUCACUUCUUCAAAACCACCUUCAACAUCGUACAUUCACAGUUCGAGCCCUACAAGGCGACCACCUACUACAUUGAAUAGUCAUAUAGUUGGACCAAGCUUCAGUGUAACUAAUCCUAGCAGUACCUAUCCCACACCUGCUCCUACUAUCAUAGUUUUGGGUCCAAUCAGUGAGGAAACCACAGAAAGGCCUAGGCCAACAUCAUACGACAAGUAUCCUUCUACACUUACCCGACCAACUGCCCUUCCGCAAAGAAAACCAGUCAACCACGUGACCAUCAACAACCAUAUAACCCAGAAUAUCUAUAGUACAAGCGAGAGACCUUCCCCGACAAUCUUGAUAACUCCUAAGCCGAGUAUAUCAACUUCUGUGAAACCUCAAGAUGAUGAUACAGUAGAAGUUGGUGCAACUGGUCCUUCUCCAGAUGAUAUGAUCAACUUUCCUCCUGUUAGAAAUCCCAAUUUGAAUAUGUCAUAUAUUCCCAAUAUGAAUGAAAAUGAUAUUACAACGCCAAUUUUCAUCGAGGAUGAUGCACUGAAUGCCAAUGUGGAAUCUUUCGUCAACAAAAUCAUCGAAGGUUUGCAGGAACCAUUUCAAGGAUUGAAAGAUGUUGUUUAUAACAAAAAGAAUAUGACGGUUUUGUCAGUUGGAACAACCACAAUCAAGCCAGUGAAGAAACAGGGUACGUCAUCCAAAAAACCUCAGGUAGUUUCUAGUAAGCCGGUUGUUACAUCUAAUAUUCGCACCAGUACUACUUCAAGACCAGGAAACACGUCAAGGAAACCAGCCACGAGAAGGACAACCACAACGAUACCUACUAGAAAACAGCCUACUACGACGAAGAGGAAAGUUACUAAGAAGCCAGUUACAACAACGCAGUCUCUCAUAGAACAUACAACGGAAGCUGCGGCCAUUGAUAGUGAAGACUAUCGCACAGAGUGUGGUGUCCGGCCUCUAAUGAGAAGCGCCAAGAUCGUAGGCGGCAAAGGCGCUACCUUCGGAGAAUUCCCCUGGCAGGUGCUCGUCAGAGAGUCCACUUGGCUGGGUCUUUUCACCAAGAACAAGUGCGGUGGCGUCCUCAUCAGCCACAAGUACGUUAUGACGGCCGCCCAUUGCCAGCCGGGCUUCCUGGCCUCUCUGGUAGCAGUCUUCGGCGAGUUCGACAUCUCUGGGGACCUGGAGAAGAAGCGGCCGCUGAGCAGGAACGUGAAGAGGGUGAUUGUGCAUAGACAGUACGACGCGCAGACGUUCGAGAACGAUCUGGCGCUGUUGGAGCUGGAGCAGCCGAUUCAUGAAUCGUUUGCAACCGUCAAAACUCACAAACACGGCAUAGAAAUUCCUGUGUGUUUACCAAGAGACCAAGAAGACUUCACGGGUAGGAUGGCAACAGUGACUGGAUGGGGCAGACUGAAGUAUGGUGGAGGUGUCCCAUCGAUUCUCCAAGAAGUUCAAGUUCCUAUAAUGGAGAACCACGUGUGUCAGGAAAUGUUCAGAACGGCUGGACACUCGAAGGUCAUUUUGGAAUCCUUCUUAUGUGCUGGAUAUGCGAAUGGACAAAAGGAUUCGUGUGAAGGUGAUUCAGGAGGUCCCUUAGUUCUUCAGCGACCAGAUGGAAGGUACCAAUUGGCAGGUACGGUAUCUCAUGGUAUCAAAUGCGCCGCACCCUACCUUCCAGGAGUCUACAUGAGGACGCAGUUCUUCAAACCUUGGAUUACCUCGAUAACGGGGGUGACAGCGCCGUAAAACAGCGGAAUGUUUUAGCGUAAUCAUGGAAAUGAAACUACGAAAUUUUUAUUGCAAAAAAUCAGUGAGCUUUUUCGAAACAAAUUGUUUCAAAGAAAACAUUAAUUCAGUCCUUCUUUUCUUCGAGUUGAGACUUAUAAUUUCGUGUUGUAUUGACUCAUCCGUUGCCUGAUGAAAUUCCAAAGUGAAUAUAAAGAUCUCCACGAAUCAUUUUUCCACACACAGUGGAUUCUUUAAGUGGAAUCAAUAAAUUGAGUGUUAGCAAAACAUAUACCAAAAUAUUUCGUUUUGAAUUGACUCGGUCGUUACUUGACGGAAAUCCAUAGCAAAUGUAAAAACUUCACAAACAAUGAGAUUCCCACAAUUUUUUUUCAAGCACACGACACCGUAACUUCGUCAGGUGAUAUACUGGUACGAUGAACUAAACUAACCUUGGCUUGCUUAUUUAUCCUACUUUCCCUACCUUAGGGAUUAGUUACCUGUAAAUAAAUUCGAUGAACUUUCAUUUUCGGAAAUUCGGCACAAUAUCUACAUCAAAAUACGGUGUACCAGACUUACUUGAAAGAAUUGAUAGCAAAUACAUAUUAAUACCUACUAAGAAAACAAAUUCAACAGUGGUGAACUAUUGAGGUCUAAUUGAUCGUUAAGUAAAAUUCCAGAAAUUUUCAGUUUUUUGAUUUCUAAUGAUUCAAAAUGAUUGAGUUUCAUUGCUUCAUUUUCUACGUGUAGAAUUUCGAAAUUAUGAUCGAAACAAUGGUUUUCUUCUAAUACAUGGUUGGCGUAUAAUGAAUUUGUUUCUUUUUUUUUCACUACUACUACUGUGUUAGCGAAAUAUGUCGUGUGUUUGAGAGAAAAAUGUGAAAAUCUUAUCGUUUGUGAAGUUUUUACAUAUACAAGAAUUGAUUCGAUAGAAAAGCGCACAUUGUAAGUAAGAGAACCAAUUCUAACUGAGAAUAAUCUAUUCCAAAUUGGAUCGAGUUUUUGUCGAUUCAACAGGUUCACAUUGAAAAUGGUCAAUUUUGAAUCAAAGUCAUUACAUUCAGAUUACGUAGCAUUUCAGUUCAUGGAAUAGAACACAAGAGUUUUGAUGCGUUCAUAUUGAUACAUUGAUAUUGAUGCGAUAGUUUUCGUAAAAUGAAUAGCAGCGUGUCUAUACUCAAUUACUCAACCCAGAUAUUCCUGAGACAUUGUUUUUAAUAUGUAGUAUUUCAUUACCACACUACAUUCAGGGCACUCAGAUGACAAUAUCUAUGGAAAAAAAUCGCAUGAGAAAUAUUAUUUCUCAUCGAAUAAUAUUCUAUUGUACUAUUAAAAGAUAUUUGUUGCAACAUCUAAAUUCUCUCAGCAUAAAGAUAAAAACACUAUUUGACGCUUGAUACGAUAUCACAUUUCGUGUACAAACUGAUGUAACCUCCUCCUUGCACAGGCAGUAUUUUCUUUGAGUAUCGUUGAAACUAAUCAAAUAAUGAAGUGUCAUGCAAAUUUGCUGAAAAGAAGAAUUACUGCUAGUGCUCUUGUGAGUUUCUAAUCAACUCACGUUGAGCAUGACUGGAAAUAUUUAAUAUAUCUCAUAUUCUCUGCAAUUCUUCGUUACAUACCAUUCGGAACUCCUCAUGAGAUAUCAAAUGUUUUCGUUGAAUUGAUAAUGAAGAAGUUUUCCAUAAUAUGUAACUCACGUAUAAACACGCUGUAUAUACAGGGUGUUUAUACGGUUCCUAACUGCAGGUGGUGAAUCGUUAGGUCAUUUAAGGAAGACAAUUUCUUUUUAACAUAUGACCGGAGUUGCUUCGUUUCUGAGAUACAGGACGUUGAAACCGAAAUAAAAAGGUAAUUAUAAAAUAUCAUGAAUAUCCUGGAACCGAUUUGGUUGAAAUAUAUGAUUCUUUCAUUUGAACUCUUGAGGCGCUUAUUUAGCCCUAUUUGGAUUGGAAUUAUUAUGGCCAGUGGCGUCUCAGUGGGCACCACAGCCAACAAUAUUGUUAAAAAAUGUACACCACUGACUUUUUCUGGUGGAUUUUGAUUUUUUUCAGAUUGAGCAAUCCAGCAUUCAACUUUUUGGUUCCAUGUAUUCU